AUGGCUCCCACAUCCAGAUUGUCUAAAUUUCAGGGAGACCCGUUUCCUGAUCCUACUCAGUAUCGUAGCAUUGUUGGGGCCCUGCAAUAUGUUACACAUACACAACCAGAUGUGGCAUUUACGGUAAACAAGGCUUGCCAAUUCCUUCAGAACCCGACCAAUGAUCAUUGGACGGCAGUAAAAUACAUUCUGCAUUAUCUCAAAGAUUCUACAUCUAAUUCUCUUGGGUAUUUAGUUGCAUUUUCAGAUGCUGAUUGGGCUGGUUGCCUUGAUUACUUUUGGUCUACUGGAGGCUAUGGUAUUUUUCUUGGGUCUCAUUUAAUCUCCUGGAGUGUGAAGAAACAACCCACCAUUGCCCGUUCUAGCAUUGAAGCCGAUUUUUGCUCAUUAGCUAAUACUACCAUCGAAUUACUAUGGCUUCAGUCUCUACUAUGGGAUUUGGGUAUUCAUCCGUCUGUUCCGCCUAUUCUUUACUGUGAGGUACGCAUGGACUUCAAGAAAGAUUUGAUGCAGCAGGCUUGUGCCAAGCAGGAGCGAGAAAACCAAAAGGUCUGCCUCCACUUCGUCGGUUUGGGGGACCGAAUGAAGCUGACCCUAUCCCACCUGGAGAAGCUCCAACAGGCCGCCACCGCCGCUGAGGAGAAGGUGUAG